CGCUAUUGCCUCGGUGCACCACACGGACAAGCGAUUGUCAAUGGACUAUUUGAGACGGUCAAUCGGUUUGAGCGAAGCUUUGGAGCUGCGUGACAAUUAUUUAUCCAACCAAAGUAACCGAGCAGCAUGAGGCGACAAACACCACGCGAACGGAUCGAUAAUCAGUGAAUGUUGUAAGUCACAAAAGUUUACUGGAUUAGCGCAAUGAAGAUUCAGCGAUUUGUAUCAGUAUUGUUCGUGAGGGGAGCGCAGUGGAUGCUCUUCUCUUAAAGCCGUGUCCAGCAGAAGUGCGAGGACAUGUGCCAGUGUCUUGGAAGUGAAGUUGUGCGUGCGAUGCUUUUGAAUCAUCCAGGGCAUUCUCUGUAAAUCCACAUUCUUGUUAAAAGGAGUCCUGCUGCCGGUACAGAGUAGUUUGAAGCUCUGAGUUCAUUUUGAUAAGUGUCGUGACGCGUUAAGACUUGGUUGUGCGUACAGUGGUGCCACAAGAACUCCCCACAUGGGACCAUAGCUGCGCGCACUCCUCUUGGUUUCUUCCAUGCGCACAUUGUGGUCCAUUCUUAGCUCAGUGGACUACUUUGAACCGCUGUGUUGGGCAUGGGAGAGGCGACCCCAGCCCAGUCAGCCGCGGGGCCAUUCGCAUCAGCGUUAGGGAUGGGACUGGGGUCUGCGCCCGUGACCGCUGCCAGGGGCUCCGCGGUACCACAGCUCCACAAUGCCAUAGUGGAGCGUCUGCGCGCCCGGAUUGAACUGUGCAGAAGACACCAUUCAACUUGUGAGAACCGGUAUGAGCGGGUCCAGGCUGAGAGCACGGACAGAGAACAUGAGAACACUCUUCACCUGCUCAACAUUGUCCACCAAGGGCCUGGAAACCGUAAGACCAAAGGCUCCAGGGCAUCGCACCAGCCUCCUCCUGAGUACAGCAGAGCCACAGGGGAACAGAAAGGGUCCGAGAGCGAGCACAAGGUCUCCACACGCAUCGCGCUCGGAUCGCUGCGGAGGAAAAUUGAGGGCCAUGCAGCGGUACAGGCCCCUAAGCAGAACGGGCUGUCAUGUGGCUUUGCUGCGGACUACAAGCGGAUGCGCCUGGACUCUGGUCUGGGCCAGGGGCUGUGUAACAUGAACCCGCCUGUGCCAGGACCCUCUGUGGGCAUGCAGAGGAUGAUGCCUCAUGGCGUUGGCUCCGACAUCUUCAACAUGACUUUAAAAGAGAUGAAGAAGGAGCCCAUGGAGAGCCCGUCCUGUGGCCAGUCCCACACUGACAUGAUGUUUGAUUUUAAGGAUUUUAAAGAUUUUAAAGAUGAAGGAGCCAGUAACAUUGACCCUGAGCUGCAGGACCUGUUUGAUGAGCUGACUAAAGCUGUGCCUCCGCUCAACGACCUGGAGUUUGAGAAAAUGCUGAAGCAGGACGACACAUUUGGUCUGGAUUUAGGUCGGCCCAGCUCAGCCGGGGCAGCUGGCUCUCAGUGCUCCCCGAUGGACAGGCCCAUAAAGAUGGAGCACUCUCCAGAUUUUGGCCAAGUUAACAGUUGCACUUCCCAGCUGCGACCUGCGUCAGCAGGCCCCUCUUUCACACUGAGCAGCACCUCUCCUAACGGGACGUCUCAGAAAACUAGCUCUCAGGUGGGACCCUCCAGAGGCCUCCCAUGCUGGCCUGAGAUAUCCCACGCAGAGCAGCUGAAGCAGAUGGCAGCAAACCAGCAGCAGCCAGGCUCUCUGCUCCAUUACCAGACUCCAGGCACAGGAAUGCCCUGGGCAUCAGGAGUGAGCUCCUCCAACUCCUCUUUCUCACAGGACAAGCUCUCCAGCUCCCCCAACUCACAGAGGAAUGGUCCGCAAAAUAAAACCCUCAACAACUGCCUCUUCAAGUCCAACGGACACACAGGCUCCCACCCACCAGAUAUGAAGAUGCUCAACAUGAAGCCAGCACUGCACUUCAGCCCCAAAGCAGGCCCUCAGUCCAUUUCCCUGACCAAGACCCCUCCACAGGCCCAGCAGCAGCAGAGGCAGCCCCCUUCUCCCAACCAGAGCCAGUCACACAACCCUCUGCACUUCCAGGACCACAUCACGGGGAAUCUCUGUCUGCCCAACAAAUCCUCUCCACCACUGGGAGGAGGACUACCGUUCAAACCAUCACAGCCGCGACAGGCUGGUCCUCCAUGUCCAAAGCUACACGUGAAUGGGAAUUUAGUAGUUAUGGGAAGUCUGACGCAGCCCCGGCCUCCAGUCCCCAACAGUCCACAGAAAGGCCCGGUCAAGAGCCAGGCCAUGCAGAGACCGCUGCCUCCACAACAGCACGCCAUCUCCACGGAAAAAGAUGCACAUGAGCAGUUCAGCCGUCACCUCACGAGACCUCCUCCCGAGUACAAACAGCCCAGGAGCAUGGUGGGACUUCACAGAGGAAAUCUCUUCACAGGUCCACCCACCACACAACAAACCAGUAAUGGUAGUGAUCUGCAGUCCAUGUCAUGUCAAAUGACCAGCACCCCAAAAAUGAGCCCCUCGCCAUCAGACGACCGAUUCGGCAACUGUCUCCCCAACUCAUGUCUUAACCAGUUUCAGCCUAACAACAAUCAAAAUAAGCCUCACUUUUUGGGAAUGAAUUCACAAGGGAAUUCUUUUGGACUGAACAAUGUACAGCAUGGGAGACCUGAGAUGCAUUCAGUACAGGGCGGUUUAAUGCCCAACGUAAACAUCGGGUGGGGGUCAGCUAAUAAGCAAGUGACUUCCGGGAUGAGACGACUACCCAACCCAAACCAUACCCAAAUGGACAUGCCAAAUCUCCCGUACCAACAGAGGCAUUUGGGACCUCCGAAUCAGGUAGCACCAGAUCUGGGCAUGCUGAGACACAACCCCACUAACCCGAGGCCAAACCAGCCAAUCAUGAACCAGUCCACCCUAAACCAGGCGUCUCCAGAGCAAAGGGUACCAGCGGGUGGAUUUGGAGAGCCAAGUUCCGGUUCAAGUAGCUUCCAGAGUAGCCGUGGAAACCAGUUAACCUUUGAUUUCUUACCUGAAGGUGACAAUACGGUCCCAGGCAUAAACACAGAUUCGGACUUCAUAGACUCCCUGCUUAAAUCUGGGUCAGGUAAUGAUGACUGGAUGAAAGAUAUAAACCUGGACGAGAUUCUGGGAAGUCAUUCAUAAAAUUUAUUCUGUUUUUAUUGAGAAUAUAACAAGAGUGACAUGUAUAUUAUAAUCUGAUCUGGUUUGUAUAUUCAAUCUUGUGAAUUGUAUUUGUGUUCUGUCCAGUACUUUGCCUGUUUCAUUAUUUAGAGGCCUAUAUGUCCCCCCAAAAUGUAUGUUAUUUCUAAUAUAGUCUAACUAUUCAACUUCUUAAUGUAAUUAAAUUAGUUGGAAAGCAACACUGUGAAAUUUUAUUGAGUUGUAAUGCUGGCAAUUUGUUGUCGUCUCGCCAUUAUUUGGCCUCAUAUUUACAUAUAGGGUUAUUUUGCUAACACAAGCACAAUAAUGUCUGAUGUACGAUGUCCUAAUGCUUUUCAUCUGUACUAAAUUUGAUACAAAAAUGUAUAACUUUCCCUGUACUAUUUAAUAAUUGUGUAGAUAAUAAAACUGAU